UCAAGCGUUAGCUGACGCUGUUUGUGCCGGGGUUACGCCCGUGCAUAUCGCGUCCCGAGUAAAUUUUGUGCCGGUGGUGCCUAGUAGCACACUCAGGCACCUCGAGCACCGUCCGCGUGGGCCCCGAUCUCCGCCGGCCUCUUCGAUCGACGUCGUGCAACCUGCGGCAGCCAAAAUUUACAGACGGGAACCCGCGGCGCCGUUGCCGUUAAACCCGCCAACGCCGCCGAAAGAUGGCGGGCCCGGAUUUCAUUGAGCGCCCGGCCCCGGCGGGGCCGCCCCCUACUACAUACGACUGGCCGGAAAGCCCGCGCGCGCCUGGCCUCGUCCGUCUUCUCUUCGCUGGCUCGGGCGGCGCGCGCCCAGGCCGGCGCGGCCCUUGUCGCUUUUCCCGCACGGGGCGACGCGUGGCUGGUCUCACAGCCCGGUGGCGGGCCUUUUAGGUGACGUCAUUUUUGGCGACGCGCCGCCUAGCUGUGCAUGGGCACGCAGCCGCAGCACCGCGCGGCCCGUCGCGCCUCCAUCCUCUGUUGCCUCUGUUCGGUAACAGCGCGGCCGGGGCUUCCGCUACGGCCGCCGCAUGUUAUUCUUUGGUGAGGUUUGUAAAGUAU